AGGGCUUUGGGUGGGCGUGUUGGUCAUUGCUGCAUCUGUUUUUAUUGUUCAUCAUUUGUUGUUUGUUCUUUGUAGUCUUCCUUGUGCGGUUGUCUACCCUGAGGCUGCUUCUCGGACAACUCGAACCAGCAGCUCUGGCAAAACCAAGAAUCUUCAGCUUAUAUGAGUACCAUGACAGAUUCCAUGUGGAAUUUGUGGGUUGUGGGUGCAAGCUGCGCUGCUAUAUCAGGAAUGACCCUGCUUUGGUGGCUGAAGAAGAGAAAUUCAGCAAAGCCAGAGUACUACGCACGGGUCGAGCGGCGUUUGGAGCUGGAGCGGCAGCGACGUGUCCAGUUGACCAAACACCUUCUGGUUGAUGGUAACCUGAUCACCGAGGAGAGGAUGGACAUCCUGGAGCUGCCUCUGCUGCAACUGAUAGAACAGUUGCAGGUGGGGCAGUUGAAGGCCGUCCUGGUACUCAGAGCUUACCAGGCCAAGGCUCUGCAAGCAUCAGCAAAAUACAACUGUGUUACAGAGUUUGUUGCAACUGCUGAGAGCCGGGCAUCGGUGCUGGACCGCCUGCCGGCGGCGGCGCGCGGCCCUCUGCACGGCCUUCCCUUCAGCGUGAAGGACUGCGUCGACCUGGAGGGCUACGACUCAACAGCCGGGCUGGCCAAGCACCUGGGCCAGCCGGCGUCGCGCUCGGCGCCUGUCGUGGAGACGCUCAUCGACCUGGGCGGCGUGCCCUUCUGCAAGACCAAUGUCCCACAGACCAUGAUCAGCUUCGGUUGCAGUAACCCGGUUUGGGGCGUCACGACCAACAUCUACGACGGCCGGCGCGUACCGGGCGGCUCUUCGGGCGGCGAGGGCGUGCUGGUGGCGGCCGGCGGCUCGCCCCUCGGUGUCGGCACAGACGUGGGCGGCAGCGUGCGCGUGCCAGCGCUCUUCUCCGGCUGCUACGGCUUCAAGCCCACCUGCGGACGCCUCAGCUGCGUCGGUCUGCGCGCGGUGCUGCCGGCCACGUUCGGAGUACGCGCCACAGUCGGCUUCCUCAGCCGUGAGAUAGCCGGCCUGCAGAAGGUGAUGGAGCUCCUGACCUCGCCACUCGAGGCGGCGGACAUGUACCGGCUGGACCCACUGGUGCCGCGAGUCUACUGGAACAGCCAGAUGGCCGGCGGCCGGCGCCGCUGGCGGGUCGGCUACGUGGCGGACCUGCCCACGUUCCCGAGCACGCCCGGCUGCCGGCGCGUGCUGACAGAGACCGUGCAGGCGCUGGAGGCGGCCGGCCACGAGACGGCACCCUUCCACCUGGAGGCGGACCACGCCGCCAUGGAUAUAUCAUGCGGACGCGCUGAUGAGGAGGUGGACAAGAGCAUCGAGACGCUCGUGGCCAUGCUGCGCGUCCCGCGCUGGCUGCGCGUCCUCAUCGCCUGGGGCACCAGCAACAACUUCCGCUACCUUGGGACGCGACUGAAAGCCUGGACGGGCACCACGGUGGAGGCGGUGCAACUGAAGCUCGCCUGGAAUCAGCUGGUCGACCGUACUCUGAAGCAGUGGCGCGCCGCCCGCCUCGACCUGCUCGUGCUGCCCGGCUUCAUGUGUCCGGCGCCGCCGCAUGACAUGAUCAGCAAUCUGGUCGUGGGCGGUGUCUACACUUCCAUUUUCAACGUGCUGAACUUCCCGGCGGGCGUGGUAAACGUGGGUCACGAGACGGCUGAAGACCAGACCGCCCUGGAGGAGUACCCCACCCCUCACGUGGAGCUGCGCUGGGUGGUCGAGGCGACGCGUGGCGCACUAGGUCAGCCACUGGGCGUGCAGGUGGUCGGCCUGCCCUGGAUGGAGGAGCAGGUGCUGGCCGGCAUGGCCGAGGUGGAGCGCGCGCUGGCCGAGCACAAGCAGUGAAGCGGCCGGGCGGACCUGACGGCCCAGGGUGCCGUCGGCCGAGGACGGCUGGACAUGUGCCUGUGAUUUGGGCCGAGUGAGGACGGCUGGGUGCUGACUGACCGAUAGAUAAGGCUGGUGGAGGGGUGGCUACCACAUGCGUUAGCGACCGGAGUCGGGAAUGGUAUAUUUUUGAUAACUGUGUAGAUGUUGCUGGUGUCAUGGUGGUUUGCCCCAUGUAUGGGAUGCGUUCGGACCAGUCAUGGUGCUGUAUGGUCUUCUUCCCUGCAGAAGCACCUAAUUGGCGACGCGCUUUUCGACAUUUGUCCGUCCCGAUGACUCAGUUGGUUUGAGCGCCUAUCUUCCGAUCUUCCCACCCGUGGGGGUGGGUUUGAGUCGGUUAAGACGCUCGCUGUUUGCCCUAGAUAUGUAUGACCUGCGACUGAUGGCAUCGGCCGCACUAAAGGUCAGGUGACGUCAGAGGGCAGGAAGAACCGUGUCGAGCGUUGCGGUGCGUUCAACCUCCGCCGCCACGUCGAUGCUGGCCUACGGCGUCUAUUGCCUGCGCUUAUGAGUAUUCCGAUGCUUGAAAAGCUAAAAUCGGCCAGAAGGGUUUGUUGAUAUGAAGUUAGGGGUCCUUUCACUCCGCUUUUGACCUGAAAGGUCACAUGAUAUUGUAAUAGAUGGUAUUUUAUAGUCUCUCGUGCCAUAAUUAAUCAUCUCACGUAACCAUUUAUAUAGCGAAGUCAGAACUCGUCGCUGAAUAAAUCGCUGAAUAAAUCGC